AUGACGGACCCCCCCCUCUCUCGGCUGCUCCUGCUCGGGUGGAUGUGCGCGAUCUGCGCCGCCAAAUCGCUCCCAGACCCGGGGGGCUUCGAGGUUGAAAUCAAGGUCCAGGUGUUCGACAGCAGUGACUUGUCUCCGCUGGCGGACGCUCAGGUGCACGUCCACGGGAAUCAGACCAUCUUGGCGUCCAGCCGAGCCGGCAGCGAUGGCGUGCUGAAGGUCAACUUCCUGUACCGCGCCGGGACGUGGGUCAUCAUCACGGCCUCCAAACAAGACUACGUCACCAACUCCGUGCCCUGGCACUCCAGCCGCAUCCCCUUGUACGCGUCCGUCAGCCUGUAUCUUCUCGUCCAGAGACCAGGAACUCUCAUCCUGUACGAUGACGUCCUGCAGGUUCUGUCCGGGUCACCAGGAGCUCGUAACCAGCCGCUGGUGCAGCUGCAGAGGAAGUCGCUCCAGCUGCCGUCCAGCUCCAACGACACGGCGCUGUCGGCCGCCAUGACCACGGCCAGGAGUCAGUACGAGAUCGGUGGUUUCCCGUUCCUCCUCGGCCAAGAGACCAACAGCUCGGGUGCAGAAACCGGGUGGACGGACCUGACGGCGGUGGCGGUCGUCAGCAUCCAGCUGUUUGACAAAGAUGGCGCCGCAAUCCAGGUGUCGGACCCGAUCCAGAUCUCUGUGCCGCUGCCGUCCGACACCCGCUACAGGACGGCCAUGAGCGUCCCUGCCUGGAUGUAUCAGCCUAAGACCGGCCUGUGGGUUCGGAACGGGACGGGCUACAUCGAGAAGGACGGCGCUCAGCUGGUGUGGAACGUGCUGGUUCCUCAGAUGGGAUACUGGCUGGCUGCCUUCCCGUCUUCUUCAGGAUUGGGUCUGUCCCACCCGGGCCUGAGGGACAUCACCACCUACCACACGCUGUUCCUGCUCUGCAUCCUGGGCUCGCUGGCCCUGCUGGUGCUCAUCCUGCUCUGUGUGCUGCUCUACUACUGCAGGCGCAAGUGUUUGAAACCUCGCCGGCAGCAGGGUAAACCCCACGCCACCAAUCUGAACGGUGCCAAGAGAGACCAGGGCACAUCCACCUCACGCCUGAAUCUGAUCUGCGGAGGCCACGCGGAGUCCGGGCCGUCCAACGACAAAUCCGACUUGUCCCCAUCAGGAAACUGCGAGAGUUCCAGGGAGGACCUCACCAAACAUGUCCCCGCCCACAUGCUGCGCCACGGGAAGGGAAAGAACGCUCCCGGCGCCCAGCGAGGGGAAAGCUUCCCCAUGAAGGUGACACGUGCCACAGAGACCAACAACCUGGACAACCCGCUGCUGCAUGAAGACUACAACAGGCACCACAACGCCAACGACAAUCGAGGGUACGCCUCCGACCCCCCGUCCCCGCCUCGCUUCCAGUGCUACGUGCCAAGUCAGUCGGACAAGCCUCCGGAGUAUUCGGCAUCAGCAGCCGACAACCUCACCAGGCCCACCUCCCUCAACACGCAAGCAGGUCAGAUCAUCUUCUGCAGCUCCAUCGACCAGAUGAAGGAGAACAUGUACCGCAGCAUGGUGCCGACCCUGGUCAUCCCGGCACACUACAUGCGCCUGCCCUCCGAGUUCUCUGGGAAAGACGGGAAGGACCAGAAGGACCAGGACAGCGACGGUGCCCAGAUGGGAGGCGGCCAGCAGCAUCACCACCACUCCCAGAAGCAAGGCCAGCAGCAGGGCGGAUCCCAGGGAGACGACUCCGAGGAGCCCAGCUGGGCGUCCGACUCCUCCGGGGGACCCAUGACCAUCCCGGUGCUCUUCAACGACUCCACCAUGGCUCAGAUGAACGGAGAGCUGCAGGCGCUGACUGAGAAGAAGCUCCUGGAACUGGGCGUUAAGCAGCACCCGCGGGCGUGGUUCAUCUCCCUGGACGGACGAGACAACGCUCACGUGCGCCACUCCUUCAUCGAUCCCGGGAACGACCUCAGCGGCGGUGGAUUUGGAGGCGGGUGCAGCGGCGCUCAGCGAGACAUCAACCUGGAAGCGUCUCUGGACGAUCGGAAAGCAGCCAUGAACCGGAGGGGAAAGGACGAGCGCUGGGGAACCGGAGGGCGGAAGGGCCACGGCGUGAACAGCACCGGGAAGAAGAGCUACUCCAAGCUGGCCUACCCCGACCACAGCGAGCCCAGCAGCAGCAGCGAGGGACGCCCGGUCUCCCCCGAGGAGAACUCCCUCACCCCUCUCCUGGACGAGGGCCCGUCCUCCCGAGGAUCCACCGUCACCCGGAGAGGACGCAGCCGCGUGAACAGCGGCCGCAGCAGCAACAGCGAGAACCGCCGCGACUCCAUGACGAGCCCCGAGGACGACCCCGACGACAAGGACGAGAACAAGAAGAGCCCCUGGCAGAAGAUCGAGGACAGGCCGCUCAUGGUCUUCCACCCGAGGAAGUGAAGUCACAAACCACUGGACCUUUAACAAGUCUCUUCACAGGGGAACAGUGAUGGUUCCACCAGGAGAAAUCACAAUAAGCACAAGCGAGCUCCACUGGUCUGUUUCCAGGUCGUGGUUUGACCUUUGUGACCUCUCUGGUGAGGUGAGAGCACCUUGUGGUUACAACCGUCGUCUCACUGUCAGUUAAUCACUGGUUCCCACUGAGAUGUGGACUGAAAUCUAAAGUUUAAUCCCGUCACACCACUGAAGCCCUCGUCUGAGCCAUUGCAUUCACUGACUGUGGAAAUAGCCAUUUUAUAGAGCAGAGUAUAAGA